AUGGCCUCCCAGGGGGAAGCUCAAAGUGAGACGCCAGUCCAGGUCAAUAAUGAGCGUAGGUCUUCUGUCGCUUGUGAAAAUUCUGCACCAAAAGUAAUUGAUGCUCCGCAGGAUCUGACGGUCAGUGGAGGUGCUGAAGUAGGGCGUCAGACAUGCUGCGCCAAUCAAACAAGUGAUAUCAACAACGAUAGUUGCCUCCAAUGUUCUUCCUGUCAAGAAUUUACUACGCUGUUUCCAUUCAGCUACAACAUAUUUGUUCCGGCAACAGAUUCAAGUAUCCAUCAUUUUAUGAAACUGAGGCACAAACUCACAACGACCUAUCUACGCUGUCGGCUUCGCAUGGGAGUUAACACAUUCGAUAGUGGAUGCAUAUACGGAAAUGAAAGACUGCUUCGUGUGGAAUCCCAAACUGAAGAGGAGCUGAUUCAAGCAAUUGAUCGAUUAGAUGAGGUCAUUCCUGCAUGGAAGGUUUGGCAGCGCGGCAAAGUGGAUUCUCAGCUUAUACGAUGA